AUGUAUUUAGGGUUGGUCUUAUCGUUAUUUGUUUCCCAAAUUUUGCAUCUAAUAAGCGCUCAUCCCAUCAACGACGACAAUUCGAUAUUCAUAGAUAACCGCGACCCCACCACACCAAUUGACUCCGAGAUCUAUUCCAAUCUAUAUACAUAUGCACAUUUAAUUGACAUAUCGUAUUGCAUUUCAGAAGUCAACAGAAUAGAAGAACCAUUUAAAUGUAAUUUGAAUUGUGAAAAGAGAUUUCCUAACAUUUCUUUAGUUUAUCAGUUUUAUUUCGACGACUCGGUUACAGGGUACAUUGCCAAAACAACAUCAAACAUCUUUAGAUAUAAUGAAACAAUUGCAGAAGACAAAAAAACAAUAAUUGUUGCACUUCGAGGGACAAGAUCAAUAUUCGACACUUUAACUGAUUUAAAAGUUGAUAUGAUACCAUAUUCGAAUACUGGGACUAAACUACCGCUUUGUGGAUUCGAUUGUAAAGUUCAUAGAGGAUUUCAUGAUUACUAUACAAGAACCUUAUCUAUUAUACAUCCAUAUAUAAUGGAGGAGUUAAAUGAUUGUAUCGAGGAUGAUAAUUAUGAACUAAUUAUUUUGGGCCAUUCAUUGGGUGGUUCAAUUGCCUAUCUACUAGGGUUGCAUUAUCUUGAUUUAGGUUUUGAUAAGCUAACCUUGGUCACAAUGGGUCAACCAUUGCUUGGAAAUGAAAAUUUUGUAAGUUGGGGAGAUAAAGUGUUAGGGAGUGUGAAUGAAGCUAAACAUAACGAGUUUAAAAGGAAAUUUUUGAGAGUUAUUCAUAAGAAUGAUGUUAUCACGACUUUACCCAGGGAUCAAAAUAUAUUUAACCGAUAUAGUCAGUUUGAUAACCAAAUAUAUUUGAAUUGUUCUGAGACAGAUACGAGACCAACUAUUAACGAAGUUAUUGAUUGUUAUGAUGGAUCCAAUAAUCAAUGCAUUGCCAAAGAUUUCCCUUUUUUGAUGUUUGAAAGACGUAAUUAUUUACAAAUACACAUCAAUUAUUUCAGACAAAUGGGGUUAUGUGGAAUAUUGAAUUGA